AUGGAUGCGGCUAAAUGUUUCUACCAAUGGCCGAUUCAUCUUGCCGAUAGACAACAUAUGGCCGUGACCUCGCCUCGACGUCAGGAAGUGUUUCAAAUCGUGAUCAUGGGAUAUUGUAAUAGCGUCGCAUUCGUCCAGAGGCAAAUGGUCUCGAUUCUUCGCGACUUCGCUGGAUGGUGUCGAGCUUACGUCGAUGGUGUUUUCACCACAUCUCCCACGUGCGACGAUCAUUUGAACCAUCUUCAUACGCUCCUGGCAAGGCUGGAAGAAUUCGGAAUCAAGUUGGAGCCACGCAAAUCCUACAUCGCUUUUCCUUCUAUCCAUUUUCUGGGGCAGCGCGUUGAUGCAUUCGGCAUGACCACCCGUGAUGAGCGAAUCAAAGCCAUCACAAACCUUCAGUUUCCGAAGACUUUGAAGCACUUAGAGACGUACCUGGGCAUGACGGGCACAGUCCUCCAUUACAUUCGGGGAUACGCCGCGAAAAUCGAACCGCUACAACAGCCUAAAACAUUGUUGCUCCGGAACAGCCCGGUUAAAGGUCAUUCACGCCGAUCUUUCUCAGUCCGCACUCUGGCUGAACAACCCUCUGCUGCAGAACGACGCGCUUUCGACGAGCUGCAGGCAGAAUUUGCUGAUAGCCCUUGGUUGACCCAUCAUGAUUCGCAGCGACAAUUGUAUGUAGAUCUCGACGCUUCGAAGGAAGCAGGAUUCGGAGCAAUGGUCUUUCAUGUCAACCCAACUCACGUACAUGAUAUAUCAAAGCCGCCAGCUGCCAACGCCAUUCAGCCAGUUCUGUUUCUCAGUCGGGAUCUUUCUGCAGCGGAACGAAACUAUUGGCCCACAGAAUUAGAAGUCGCGUGCCUUGUAUGGGUCCUACGCAAGAUACGGCACAUGGUGCAAGCCGCCCCGCCCCACCUCCCAGUCGUGAUCUACACCGACCAUAGCAGCACAACACCAAUCGCGCAAAGCUCUCCACUUCGUUCCGUCGCAUCAGAUCGGCUCAACUUACGAUUAGUUCGCGCUUCUCAGUACAUCCAGCAGUACCGACUCAGAGUGUUUCACAGACCAGGCGCAACGAACCAAGUAGUAGAUGCGCUGUCUCGGUUGCCGACAAAGCAACAUGAAGCAGGGCAAUCGGAUGAUCUCGAUGCACUUUUGGCCGUUCGUUUUGUGCUGAAGCAAAACCGAGCGUUGUCGGUACAAUGCACCUUUCUGAAGACUUCAAAAACCGAGUAA